ACUGGCUGAAGGGAUCGUGUAUAUUUCAUAUGAAGGAAAGGAUCAGGUUAAGUGUUCAAUGUAAAUGCAUUUGCAAGUUAUUACUUGUCAUUUGUCGUGUGCAUUAAGCCAACUUGAAGCUUUUCAGUUUCUAAACUAUAUUGUUUGAUUGACUUAUGCAUUUACAGCAAGAGAUUUAUGAAGGAGAGCAUGCACCAGUGAUAAGGUGCGAAUCUGUACUCUUACUCUGUCACAAAGGCAAUAAAGAAACAAACAGCAGAUCAUCUGCAAUCUCGAUCUCCACUGCCCACUGAAAGAACUUGGAAGAAGACCCACACAGAAACAACUCGACAUUUAUCUCUAGUCAUCUGCAAGAAAAAAUCUCCCUUACAUUUAGGAAGGAGAUUGCACUGGUAAGCCCCCACAGGAUACCCAGAAAUCAUUAUCUGAAGGCAAGGCCGUAAUACCUGAGCAAGUGCAGAGUGACAACUGCACCCUAUUCUGCAUUGUAUGAACUUUAAAAAGUUUUGAGUAAGUUACCCUAAGGGAAAGCUUAAUUUAAUAGCUUUCCUAGAGUGUGCUUGUCAAUCGAAAGUGCUGCAUAAGAUAGUGAAUUCUGUCCACAAGGCAAUUCACAUGAAUUUAAAGUCAGUUGAGAGUAGAAGUGAAAAGAGCAGUUUUAAAAUUCCCUUUUCUACAGAGUUUGGUAUUACUUAACCAUGUCCUAAUCAUCAAUCAUUCCUUCCUGUUGUUGGUGUUAAAUUAUUGCCCAAAAGCUGCCUACUUAUACUGCUCUGUGCCUUUCCUGCUGUGUUAAGUGAAUUCAACAAAUUCAUAAUCACCAUAUCCAAGCGGGAUUGGCGGUUUUGUGUGCAAAUGGCAGGCGGUGCAGAUUUAGCUGUCCUUCCUCUAUGCAAAAAAGCUGUUGUUGACAGAAGCCAAGAACCCGGCAAGAACCACCACAAGAACCUGGUUUCUUCUGCAGCAGAGGGAGAGACAAUUCGGCGGCCUCGGGGAAGGCCCGCCGGUUCCAAGAACAAGCCCAAGCCACCCAUCAUUGUGACAAGGGACAGUGCCAAUGCCCUUCGAGCUCACGCCAUGGAGGUGAGCUCUGGCUGCGAUGUGGCCGAGAGCCUGACCAGCUUCGCCCGCAGGAAGCAGCGCGGGCUCUGCAUCCUCAGUGGAACAGGCUGCGUGACCAAUGUGACAAUCCGGCAGUCGGUGUCCUCCGGGGCUAUCGUGACCCUCCAUGGCCGGUUUGAGAUCCUCUCGCUACUAGGCUCGAUCCUGCCCCCACCAGCCCCGCCCGGGAUAAUGGGCCUGACAAUAUACCUUGCUGGGGCCCAGGGGCAGGUGGUUGGAGGGGGUGUGGUCGGCGGGCUGAUUGCCUCGGGCCCUGUCAUGAUCAUGGCCGCGUCAUUCAUGAACGCGACGUUCGACCGAUUGCCGCUGGAUGAUGAUGAAGUGUCUGUGGCAAUUCAGAAUCAGCAUUACCAGAACGGUCGGCACCAGCACACGGACAUAUCUGAUUUAUACGGAAUGCCUCAGAACCUGCUUAACAAUGCCGGGAGUCUCCAUCCGGAAAUGUAUGCUUGGGGGAGCGCACGGGCCGCGCCGAAGACUUAAGCUUACUUGGGAGAAACUUAAGAAAAACAAUCCUCAAUACAGAAAGAAAAGUUACUAUAAAAAGGUUGUUUGUUUGGCUUUUCCUGAAGCAGCAUAAGCAUUGUAGCUUUGGUUACUGAUCAAAUAUGGAAAUACUCACUUGGUAUCACA